AAUUUCAGAUCUUUACAUUUUUCUCCUCUGAGUUUGAGGAGAGAGAUAAUCAUUUUGUUCAACCCCAGUUUUCCACUUCCAAAGCAAAUCAAAGCAUCAUCCAAAAGCGAAGCGAAGACCGAAGCUUUUCUACUCCAAACCCAAAAGAGCAUUUCUGGUUUGUGAAAGUUCUAGCUUUCUGUUGCCAUUAUGCAUGUCUGGCCCCGUGGCCAUUGAUGGUAGUGUAGGCGGACUUUCUUUUUCCGACAGAACAAGAUCUCUUGACGCCAUUUCAUUCGACAGAGAUUCUUUAUCUCUACUGACAAAUGUUGAAUCCUCAGAAACAGUUGCCUUUCGGGUUGGAGAAGUCUUACUCACCAAUGGGGAAUCUUAUUCCGGUUCCCUUAAUGGUAACAUGCCUGAGGGUUCAGGUCGAUAUGUCUGGUCUGACGGUUGUACUUAUGAAGGAGAGUGGACAAGUGGGAUGAGGCAGGGUUUUGGGAAACUCCAUUGGCCUUCUGGAGCCAAUUACGAAGGUGAAUUCUUCGGAAACUAUAUGCAUGGAACAGGAACCUUUAUUGGAUCUGACAACAUUUUGUUCAAGGGUCGUUGGAAAUUGAAUAGGAAACAUGGAUUGGGAUAUCAAAUUUAUCCUAGUGGAGAUGUUUUCGAGGGCUCGUGGAUUCAAGGGACUCCGGAAGGGCCUGGCAAGUACACUUGGGAUAAUGGAAACGUCUAUUUGGGAAAUAUGAAAGGAGGGAAAAUGUCGGGUAAAGGAAAACUUACUUGGGUAAACGGGGAUUCUUACGAAGGGACUUGGUUAAAUGGAAUCAUGCAUGGUUUUGGAGCGUAUACUUGGAGUGAUGGCGGUUGUUAUGUUGGAACUUGGACUAGAGGUUUAAAAGAUGGAAAAGGCGCGUUUUAUCCUAAAGGAAGUAGGCUUCAGGCUGUUCAAGAAGUUUACUUGAAUGCAUUGAGGAAAAAAGGUUUGUUACCGGAUUUGAGAAAGCAUAGUCAAGUUUCACAUACUUCUGUUGAUAUUGGAAAUGGAAAAGGUACAGGAAACUUGAUAAAUCUUCAGCAAUCACAUAGGAAUAAUGUGUCUUUGGAACGGCGAUGGAGUAUGGAGGUUUCUAUUGAGAAAGUUAUUGGUCAUGAUUUAUCAAGGAGUUUUUCUGAAAAUGGAGAAAGUGGUGAAAAUAAUAGCUCUGAUUAUGCGCCUAUUCUCGAAAGGGAGUAUAUGCAAGGUGUUUUGAUUAGUGAGGUUGUUUUAAAUAAUAGUUUUUCUUCGUCAUCUAGAAGGGCGAGAAGGCGACAAAGGAAACUGUCGAAGGAGGUUAAGAGGCCCGGUGAAGCAAUUAUCAAAGGCCAUAGGAGUUAUGACUUGAUGCUCAAUCUGCAGCUUGGAAUCAGGUAUACAGUUGGGAAAAUAACACCCAUACCAAGGCGAGAAGUUAGGACAUCAGAUUUUGCCCCUCGAGCAAGCUUUUGGAUGAACUUUCCUAGUCAAGGUUCACAAUUGACACCGCCUCAUCAAUCCGAGGAUUUUAGGUGGAAAGAUUAUUGCCCAAUGGUUUUCAGGAACCUGAGGGAGAUGUUUAAGAUUGAUGCUGCUGAUUAUAUGAUGUCCAUCUGUGGAAAUGACGCUCUUAGAGAACUUUCCUCUCCUGGAAAAAGUGGAAGUGUGUUCUUUCUGUCUCAGGACGAUCGAUUCAUGAUCAAGACAUUAAGAAAAUCUGAAGUAAAGGUUCUAUUGCGGAUGCUUCCUGCUUAUCAUAGUCAUGUGCGAACCUAUGAGAACACGCUAAUAACAAAAUUCUUCGGUCUACACAGGAUCAAACCUUCUAGUGGUCAAAAGUUUCGCUUUGUGGUCAUGGGAAACAUGUUCUGCACAGAAUUACGGAUCCAUCGCAGGUUUGAUUUAAAAGGAUCUUCCCUUGGACGUUCUGCUGACAAAGUUGAAAUUGACGAAAAUACAAUACUUAAAGAUCUUGAUCUGAAAUAUUGCUUUUAUUUGGAACCAACAUGGCAAGAGGUUCUUUUCAAGCAGAUCGAAACAGACAGUAAGUUUUUGGAAGCACAACAUAUAAUGGAUUAUAGUCUUCUAUUGGGUGUUCAUUACCGGGCACCUCAGCACUUGACGUCGACUCGCUUCUCUAACAACAGAGGUCAAACGGCUGAUGGGUUGGGAAGUGUUGCAGAAGAACCAAAUGAUGACGAAAUAUCGAGCUACCCGCAAGGGCUAGUUCUGGUUCCGAGGGGAUCGGAUGAUGGUAGUGUCGUGGUAGGCCCACAUAUAAGAGGUAGCCGAUUGCGAGCUGCUUCGGCUACUGGUGAGGAAGAAGUAGAUUUACUUCUUCCUGGUACUGCAAGGCUUCAAAUCCAACUUGGAGUGAACAUGCCAUCAAGAGCAGAACUUCUUCCAGGAAAAGAGGACGAUUUUGUUCACGAAGUGUACGAUGUUGUACUGUACCUCGGUAUUAUAGACAUAUUGCAGGACUACACCAUAGGGAAGAGGAUCGAGCAUGCAUACAAAUCAGUUCAAUUCGAUUCCAUAUCGAUAUCUGCUGUUGACCCGACAUUCUACUCUCAACGCUUCUUGGAGUUCAUUCGGGCUAAGGUUUUCCCUCCAAUUGUCGCCUGAACCUGAGAUUAUUGUUGGCAAUGUAUUCCAAAACGGAGAGCCAUGAAAACAGAGCAGUUAUUAUUAUUAUUAUUGUCGUUGAUAUGUUGAUAUAUAGUUCAUACCCUCCAUUUGACUAGGUGAAGAAAUGUGAAAUGGUCUUAAUGUGGAUGGUAUUUCGUUGUUAUUUGUAUUGAACUAAUUUAAUUUUUCUCACAACCCA